CUACGGAGACCGCUCUGCCCGCCUUUGUCCUUUCGCCUUCACCCAAUGUUGUAAGGUAAGGUAGUUGACUUACUGGAGCUCAAACGACUACAUAUACAACCAUCUCCUCCUCCCCCCUCACCUUUCUUGUUCUGCUCUUCUCUCCUCUUUCUCCUCUCUCAUCUACACCUUAUUGCUUCUUGAUACCCCUUCCUCAAAACUCUUCCGCCUGUUUCCUCUCUCUCACUCUCGCCCACACAUAUCCGCUCGCUAUCGGCUCUGCUCUACUCUCACCGACCGUCUCUUAACGAACCCAUUGUCCACGUUUUUCUACCGCAAAGAGCUCAGUCAACAUGUGUGGUAUUUUCGGAUACAUCAACUACCUGGUGGAGAAGGAUCGCAAGUUCAUCCUCGACACUCUUGUCAACGGUUUGUCCCGUCUCGAGUACCGUGGAUAUGAUUCUGCUGGUCUAGCCAUCGACGGCGACAAGAAGAAGGAGGUUCUCGCUUUCAAGGAGGUUGGCAAGGUCGCCAAGCUCCGAAAGCUCAUUGACGAGUCCGACCUCGACCUCGAGAAGAUCUUUGAUUCACAUGCCGGCAUUGCCCACACCCGAUGGGCUACUCACGGUCCUCCUUCCACCACCAACUGCCACCCCCACCGAUCUGACGUCAACUGGGAGUUCACCGUUGUCCACAAUGGUAUCAUCACCAACUACAAGGAGUUGAAGACUCUUCUCCAGGCCAAGGGCUUCAAGUUCGAGACUGAGACCGACACUGAGUGCAUUGCCAAGCUCACCAAGUACAUCCACGACCAGCACCCCUCCAUUGGCUUCACCGACCUUGCCAAGGCCGUUAUCCAGGAGCUCGAGGGUGCUUACGGCCUUCUCAUCAAGUCCGUCCACUACCCCCAUGAGGUUAUCGCCGCCCGAAAGGGUUCUCCUCUCGUCAUCGGUGUCAAGACCGAGCGCCGCAUGAAGGUCGACUUUGUCGAUGUUGAGUACUCUGACGAGAACGCUGCCCUCCCCGCUGAGGCUGCUUCCCAGAAUGUCGCCAUCAAGAAGAACGACCUUCUUGCCCCCGACACUGGCCUUCUCGGUGCCGCCGACAAGUCUCUCCUCCACCGAUCUCAGUCUCGUGCCUUCAUGACCGAUGAUGGCAUGCCCAUGCCUACUGAGUUCUUCCUCUCCUCCGACCCUUCGGCCAUUGUCGAGCACACCAAGAAGGUCAUGUACCUUGAGGACGAUGACAUUGCCCACAUCCACGAGGGCUCCCUCAACAUCCACCGCCUCAAGAAGGCCGAUGGCAGCUCCAACGUCCGAACCAUCCAGACCCUCGAGCUCGAGCUCCAGGAGAUCAUGAAGGGCAAGUUCGACCACUUCAUGCAGAAGGAGAUUUUCGAGCAGCCCGAGUCCGUCGUUAACACCAUGCGUGGUCGUCUCGACAUUGCCAACAAGACUGUCACCCUUGGCGGUCUCCGCUCUUAUAUCUCCACCAUUCGCCGAUGCCGCCGCAUCAUCUUCAUUGCUUGCGGUACUUCUUACCACUCUUGCAUGGCUGUCCGCGGUGUCUUUGAGGAGCUUGCUGAGAUCCCCAUCGCCGUUGAGCUGGCUUCCGAUUUCCUCGACCGACAGGCCCCUGUCUUCCGUGACGACACCUGCGUCUUCGUCUCUCAGUCUGGUGAGACUGCCGACUCCCUCAUGGCUCUCCGCUACUGCUUGGAGCGUGGUGCCCUGACUGUCGGUAUUGUCAACGUUGUCGGCUCCUCCAUCUCUCUCCUUACCCACUGUGGUGUCCACAUUAACGCCGGUCCUGAGAUCGGUGUCGCCUCUACCAAGGCCUACACCUCUCAGUUCAUUGCCAUGGUCAUGUUUGCUCUGUCUCUGAGCGAGGACCGUGCUUCCAAGAAGGCUCGCCGCGAGGAGAUCAUGGAGGGUCUCUCCAACGUCUCUGCCCAGAUCAAGUCCAUCCUUGAGCUUGACUCCUCCAUCAAGAAGCUCUGCGAGAACUUCAAGAACCAGAAGUCUCUCCUCCUUCUAGGCCGUGGCAGCCAGUUCUCCACUGCUCUUGAGGGUGCCCUCAAGAUUAAGGAAAUCUCCUACCUUCACUGCGAAGCUGUCAUGUCCGGUGAGCUGAAGCACGGUGUCCUAGCUCUGGUCGAUGAGAACCUCCCUAUCAUCAUGAUUCUCACCCGCGACAACCUCUUCAAGAAGUCACUCAACGCCUAUCAGCAGGUUAUUGCUCGCGGUGGUAAGCCCAUCGUCAUCUGCAACCCCUCUGAUGAGGAGUUCAAGUCUUCUGAAGCCGAGAAGAUUGAGAUCCCCAAGACCGUUGACGUUCUUCAGGGUCUCCUCAACGUUAUCCCUCUCCAGCUCAUUGCCUACUGGCUCGCUGUUCUUGAGGGUCUCAACGUUGAUUUCCCUCGUAACCUGGCCAAGUCGGUCACUGUCGAAUAAGCUCGUUACUGUGUUUUGACUGAAUUGUCGAUGUACAGUAUGAGUUUGGCGGCUGCUUGGGUUCCUCUUUGCUACUAGCAAGAGGCUUAUGAUGAAAUUUGGAGUUGGGUUUUGGACUGCACUGGCUUGCAAUGAAUAUGUUGGUAAAGUCUUUUGUGUUUUGUCUACCUGGAUAGCAUGGAACGAAUGUUUGGCAAAAAUAAAUGAAUAAAUGGGAGGCCAGGGACCAGCUGGUCGUGGUCAGUAUUAGAUGGUAACCCUCGAGAAGAGGUUGAAUAGGCAAGUUGGCUUAUUUACGAUACACUAGUUCUAGGCAACGUAAUCACGAAUAUCAAGUCUUGCAAUUUGAACA